GACAGCAGGGGCAGGGUGAAGUGGUGAAAGGCUAGAGAAACUUGUGGGUGGUGGCUGGGGCUGGCCUUGAGUUGGCUGGACGUGUACUGGACCUGGUUCUUGACAUUAGUUUUCUUGGCCUGAAAUCAAUUUCACUUAAACUGCAUCUCAUCCAGGCUGAAGUGCAGAUGUAAUAGGAAGUGGCAUUCUGUCACUGCAGAGUGCUUAACAAGGUUCAGUACUAGUGCCACUUCCCUUGAAACUUCAGAACCUCUUCAGGCUUAAGAUCAUCUGCACAGUAGAUUCCUUUAACUUCUAGUCCAUCACCUUUGCCAACAUUUCAAAUUAUCCCAGAAUGGAGGAAGGAGCUACAGGUGGUAUGGAAUGUGAGGAGGAGGAGCAGAACAAGGACGCAAUUAACCUGCGUCAGUGUAUCAGCCAGGCUCUCAAGACCUCAGUUAGAGAUGCGCUGGCGCUCCUCUAUCGUGAAAGAUUCCCCAUGGCACACCCUAACACACGGCCUUAUGAUGUACUCAACGCUCGGCUGGCUCGUACACUGCUCAAGCGUAAUCCUCAAAUGAGUGAGAGGAUCAAGGAGAACAUUGUGGACAAGCUGGACGUGUCAGCCCUUGGCAUUUUGCUGCGUUAUGGAUGUGGGCUGUCAACCAAUGAUAAGAUGUGGAAAAAUCCCUUUAGUUUAGAAGGACCAACCUCUGACUCUGUAUUGAAGCUGAGCAUGUGGGCAGCUCUAGGUCUGACCACCACCUCUAGAGGACUAAUUUUUGUUACCUAUAAAGGCAUCACAUUUAUAGGGAAUAUUCAGAAGCUGCGUGAUCUACGGAAUGAGGAUGCUCACUGGACACAAACGACCUGCUCUAAAGAUGAUCUAGAGACCACCUGGAUGCAGCUGGUUGAGGCUGUAAGAAACGUCCUCCACCUGGGUGGCCUUACCAAACAUCAGCCCAAAAUCAUGCAACAACUGAAAGACAUUAUUCACUCAUCCGUGAUGUACCUACAAAGUGAUGAUGAAAUGGAUGGUAGCAACAUGCUGAGAACUUGCUCAUCAGAUGAAAAUUACUUCAGGAGAGACUGGGACAGACCUCCAGAAGAAGUGUUCAAAGCCCUCUUGUGUGACAAACGAGCCCCAUUGACAAAAUUGUCCUUUACUAAAUUGUGCGAGGAGAAGCCUGUGGUGGUGACGGCCCACGGCUUCAGUCGCUCAAGCGCCUUUGACUUUGCUACUAAACUCUUCAAAGCACAAGGUAAAGACGACGUAAAGGAGUUCUUCAAUGCUGCCUCACCAUAUGAGGAACUGAUAGCUAUUCCACAGCUCUUGUGCUGGUCUUCCUUGUUUUGGAUGAAGGAAGGCAAUGAUUGUUUCUUAACUAGAGGAAAAGUUUUUGCCAAAAUAACAGAUUUUCUUUUAAGAAAACUAUGUCACAUCAAUGGCAAAAGAAUCAUUGCUGGAGCAUUGCCAAAAGAAGGUCAGCGUUGGCUGAGUGUUGUGGCUCGUGUGGCCUUUACACAAGCCAAGAAUAACCAUACAUCCCUUAGUGAAAGUUCCAGUGAUAUUCAAAAACUGAUAGAAAGUGCCAAGCAGCUCAAAUUUCGUCCAUUUGAGGCACUUUCUUCUCUCAUGCAAUGUGAUAGUUACAUGACAGAAAAAGGAGAAUACAAUGUUUUUCAGUUUGUUCAUAACUCUCAUGCCAACUUUCUUGCAGCAUACAACAUUUCAGAAACUCUUCGGAACAGCAGAACUGGAACACUGACAAGUCUUUUUCAGGAUUUCCAGGAGGAUAGAAAGAAAUCUAUUAUUUUAUUUCUUGCAAGCCUUCUGUUUAACAGGGACGAAAACGUCAAUACCCUGAUGAUAAAAGAUAUAGCAAAACUAUCCCAGGCAUAUGUAAACUUUUAUGAUAUUAAUUUCCUUCUGGAACUCAUAGAGGAGAGUAGCUACAACACUGCUCUCAUUAAGGCUCUGGCCAAAGAAAUGUUUGGAGGCCCAAGUGCCACUUCAACUGGGCUUCCAACAGCUUCAAGUACAACAGCCAAAUACUUGUUUAAUGGUCAACUGUGGCUACGACCAAAGGAACUUCGACAUACUAAAGCGCUGCGUUUGUUUCUUUCACAAGCAAAACCACAGAGACUCCUCCUUCGGCUGUGUGAAGGUCCACAUGCAGAUAAAGAGAUUCUAGUACGUGGCCACCAGGUACUGGAGGGGGAUGCUGUAGCAGCGAUGAACUUAGUAAACAAAGCCUAUGGUGAUGCUGUUCUUCCAGAUCUGAGGGUGACUGAUGUGACCAUAUCUUCCUCUCUGUCAUGGCCCAAAAAUCUUUGGUGGUUAUCACUAGACAGGUGUCAUAUAAAGGCUGACUUUCAUCUUCCUUCUGGAUUACUUAAGCUGUCACUGUUAGAAUGCACUGGUUUGGAAUACAUUACUUUUCCCUCCAGUUUUUUAAACACAUACUUUCAAAGCAUGAGUCUUGACAAGCCACAUUUACCUGUAACUGUUAAGACUAUUGUAAUAGAAUCUUGUGAAUUCAAGAACCUGGCAUUUAUCCCACCAGGAGUAAAACGUUUAAAAAUUUACUCUUAUGCAGUGACAGGAGACCUGGUUUUCCCUGAUUCCCUAGAACACUUGAUGAUAUCGGGCAUUACAAAGCCUUAUUGGUUCGUAUGCGAGGUUAUAGAGUACAGCAGCAGAUUUAUGCACAAACUGAGAGAUGCCUUAUCUAUCUUACCACAUCUGCAAAGUCUCAGUAUCACCAACAUUGCCCUGACGCCUGAAGCCUUUAUUUGUUUCCUCCUAGACCACCAAGAGAAAAACCCAAGAGUGCAGCUGCUGGUAGAGAGCUUGUGUGAGCUGGAGGAAGACAGUAGUAUGCAUGAUAUCAUCAUGUCGACUAUCAUGGCCUCACGCCUCCCAGUAACAGUCAAGUUUGGGGACACAGUUGUUGUUGACAACAUCGUUAGUUAGUUUAAUAUCUUCAUUAUGCACCCCAUACCCAUCCUCUGGGCUGUAGCCAAAAGAUUACAGAGGUACAUAAUGACUCCAGGGUUUGAUAGCUGAACAAGGUACAAAGGUAAUGAACUUCAGGUAGAUCUGGUCACAAUCAUGACAAGUUACAAAGGUGUUUACAGAUUACAGUGGUACAUAAUGGGUCCAGGGACUGGGCUGAACAAGGUACAAAGGUAAUGAAUCAUGUAAAUAAAUUUUCUUACGUUUAUACAUGGCUAUAAUCAUGAACGAAAUAUAAAGUAAUGAGCAAUACACAAAUCCACACCCGGUCACAACUGUAAUGAGUUAUUAGUGCAAAUAUUAAUUGUUGGGUCACACACACACACACACACAAAUAGGUGAGUACUCACACACGAGCAUACAUAAACCAUACCCCCGGCCGGGAUUGAACCCGCGGUCAUAGAGUC